CAGGGUUUAAGUGUGUGAUUUUAAGCACUGACAGAUGAGUGGGAUCUCCUCUGCUGGCUUCAGGGGCGGUUGGGUCAGGCCUUGCCUCACAGGGAAGUUAAAAUCCCAGUGUCUGCUCACCCUUCUUGCACGCUUCCCUGCGUUUUCCCAGGGAAGCAUGCAGAAUACUUCCCCAUUCUGCUAAUCCUGGCUCUCUCCAUCACUGGGAGGCUGCUGUGCUCCCGUGUCAGUGUGGCCUCUCAGCUGGAGCCUGGGGAGUGCAGCAGCCAAUCGGGCAGCCUGGCAGCCCUGGCAUCCUUCAUCAAUCUCCCUAAGUGUCUUCAGACUCUGUUAGGAACAUCCACACCACUCCUCCUCUCUCUGCAAUGACCUGAAGCUCCAGCUCUGCAAGCAGUGAUCAGUGAUGCAUAAUGCAAUGCAGGGCAGCCCGGAAUAAUCUGGUUGGCAUCCAAGGAUGUAUAUUCACCGAGAGGCUGGGGAGUGUGUCAGCAUUUAGUUUCAGUCUAGCUGCACUUUUCCUGCAGCACAGAAUCACAAAGUCUCCGUCUCCUCCUCUGGAUUGGGACUGAUUCUUCACCGGGAGCCUCUGAAAAGACAAAGUUUUCCUCCCUUGUUAUUGCUGUACCACCAUAAUCUACCAAGAUGUGUGACUGCUUUCAUCUAGUUCUUCCUAACUGGCCAGGAUCUCCAGCCAGUGGUUCUGGACGACAGCUGAGACCAGCUGAGCCCCCCGGAGAUGCUGAGGCCGAUGCGGAUGCAGAGGAUGAAGAUUCUGUUAAUGAAGUGGCAGUAGAAGACAUUCGUCCAAGGCCACAGGGAUCCUCUCCAGUUUAUGAGUAUCCCACAGAAGAAGAAUAUUUAAAGCUUCAAGAAGAAAACAAAAAACAUUCUACAGACAAAUCAAAACAGAGUCAUCCACAGGAGACAAUGGAAGUAACCCUGAAAACAGAAGCGGAAGCUGGUGCUAGUGGUUUUAGUGUGAAAGGUGGAGGAGAUGAAGGAAUAUUUAUUAAAAAAGUACUUAAGGAAUCUCCUGCUUCAAAAAUAUUUAGUCUUAAAGAAGGUGAUCAGCUUCUAAGUGCUACAAUAUUUUUUGAUAACAUCAAAUAUGAAGAUGCACUCAAGAUUCUCCAGUAUUCCGAGCCGUACAGAGUCCAGUUCAGCCUCAAAAGAAAAAUUGCUGUGAAAGAAGAGCUGGAACAUUCUACAGCUCAAUACAAGAAGGAAAGAAUAAGCCAGGAGAAAGAACUCAGUGAGAGCAUUCCUGAAGAAACGCUUCAUGUUUCAGGAAAAGCCAUUUCAGAAGAAGACAGGGAAACAUUAAUUGCAAGCCAAAGAGUAGGAAGAAGCAAGAGACCUAAAAAAGACAGAUUAUCAUGGCCAAAAUUCCAGUCAAUCAAAAAUAAAAAGAUAUUGAGGCACAGAAGAUCUCAUAGUACAUCAGAUGCAUAUGAGCCUGCUGUACAGGAUAUUUCUCCUACAAGCACAGACACAGAGUCUCAAUUUCCACAAGAAGUCCAUACCAAAGAAAAAAAAGGAAGCCAAAGGAAGCUGAAGUUCCCUAGCAUUGGAUUCAGAAUGCACAGGUCCAAAACAGACCUACAAGAGAAACAAAAAAAAGAAAUAAAAACUACACUGAUCUCUGAAAGAGAAAAAAUACAUGAAGAAGAUAUUAGCCUGGAAAAUCCUGAAAUCCUGACUGUUGAAUAUACCACAUCUCCUGCUUACAAAAUGAAAAUAGGGGAGGUACAGGAAACUUUAACAAAAGACUUAAAAGAUAUGAAAAAUGGCAUCCCAUCUCACGUAAAACAAUGCCCUGAAGUUGAAAUAAGCAUUAAAAAAGAAAAAGAUAAGGAAUCAACAUCAAAAUUUAGUUUACCUGAGGUACCAGACAUAACAACAGAGAUACCAAAGCCCAGUUUAGAAACACCUGAUCUGAAAGCAAGUCCAACUGAAAAAACAUCACAAGCAUCAUCAAAAUCCCGAAAAAAGAAACAGAAAGGAACACCAGUUAAAAAAGGAGAAGGUGAAAUUAACAUAGACUUGAUGAGUCACACAGCUAAAGGAUCUACACAGGUAAAAGGCCUAGAAAUAGGAACUGCAAAAGCAGAAUUAAACACAUCUGACACACUGGAAGCAGGAGAAAUUCAAGCAGAAGAAGACACAAAGAUACUAACAAUUCAGAAAACAAAAUUUGGGAUUUCAGUGCCCAAGAGAAAAGAGACAGAGACUGAAACCACCAAACUGGGAGGUGAUGUUCCACAUUCAGAAACAGAAAAAACAGUGGAUGCGACUUCAGAGGAUGGCAGGAAUUUCGAUGUGAAAACACACAUACCUGAUGCGGAACCAGAAGUAUCUUCUUGGAAAAUACAAAUGCCAUCAUUCAAAAUGACCAAAACACCUAAAACUGACAUGAAAAUAGCAAGACAAGAAAGCACAGGUGAAUCAGAAGAUACUGUAAAAAAGGAAUGGAUAGAAGAAGAUGGCAUGCCCACAAGUGACAAAACCUUAAAGUUAGAAAUUGAAAUGAAGACAGGUGAGAAAGAUAUAGAGGGAAAAGAAAGCAAAUUCCGACUCCCAAAGUUAAAAUUUCCUACAUUUACUUGGUCAAAUACCAAGGAUGAAACAGGGAAAACUGAAGGACAGAUAAGUGAAAUGGAAGGAAAAAUGCCAACACUAAAAGAAGGAGCAGAAGCAGAGAUAUGUGGGUCAGCAGAAGAAAUUAAGGUACCAAGUGUUGAAGUGAAAACUGAGAUAUCAAAAGGAAAAAUAAAAGAAAAUGACAUCAAAGAAAAGACAAAGGUCCACCUUCCAAGUCCGAAAAAAAUAACUAUAAAACCUUGCAAGGUAGAAAAUGACUUUCAAAAAACUACUGGAGAAAUAUUGAUGUCAACAACUGAUAUUGAAAUAAAAAAUGGUGAAGAACAAUCAAAAAUAGACAUGAAGGCUCCCAAGGUGGACAUCAGCGUGCCCUCCGUCGACGUCACCCUUCCCAAGGCCAGCGUUGACGUGCAGGCGCCCGAGGCGACCCUCAGCCUGGAAGGGGAAGCAAAAGCCCCAGAGAAGGAGGCCGCCAAGACCAAGGACGGCAAGUUCAAGAUGCCCAAGUUCGGCAUGCCUUCCUUUGGCUGGUCCAGCAGCAGAGAGGCCAAGGGCAGCGUGGAUAUUACACUUACUAAAUACCAAAUUAAUCUAACAGAAUCUGAAUCAAAAAUACCAUCUCUUGCAGAUGAAAAUCUUUCAGAUUUUGAAAUUUUAAAUGAAGAUGGUUCUGUGGAGCAAGAAGGUCUUAAGUCAGAAGUUAAAACAAGAGCUGGUGAAAUAUCUUUGGGUGACACAGAUGUUACAGUUAAAAUUCCUAAGUUCCGAAAACCAAAAUUUGGAAUUCGAUCUAAGGGUAAAGCAUCAGAAAGUGACCUUGGUUUUAAAGUGGAAUCUGAAAUUUCCAGGGAAAAAAUAACAUCUGAUAUGACUGAUCCUGAUACUGGAAAACCAACUGAGAUCUCUGAUGUCAAGUUAGGUGUAAAGUUGCACAAACCUUCACUUGAAGUUGUUCUGGAUGCACCAAUACUGGAUCCCAGUCUCUCACCAAUGAAAGUUACCAUGCCAAAAUCGGAAGGAGAAAUCCAUAGCACAGAUUUAGACUGCAAGGUAGACCAGGAAGUAAUUUCAGGAGAGAAGAAUGUUGAGGAGAAAGAAAACAAAUCUAAAUCAUCAAAAUUCAAACUGCCUUCAUUUCGUUGGUCUCCAAAGAAAGAAGCUAUUGUUCCAUCUCAGGUUGAGAAACAUCUGGAAGAACCGCCUUUGUCUACUUUAUCUGGAGACACAGACUCUGAAUUAAUUUUUCGUACUCCUGAGAAUCAAUACGUUCAUGUAGAACUUGACACAUCUAUAGAAAAAGAUGAUGAAAAGAUCAGAAACAAGAAGUCCCAAUUUACCAUGCCAAAGAUCUCAUUCCCUAAAAUUAAGGGUCAGAAAGUCCAAGUCUCUCUGCCUGUACUGGAAACCGAUAUUUGUGGUCCCAAACAAGAAAAAGAAGGUGUUUCAGUACAGAAAUCUGAGAAAGAGAUUAGUGGGGAAGGGGCUGGAAUGAGCAUAAAAAUGCCAAAAGUUACGGUCCCAACUUUGGAAUUUUCCAAACCAGAAGUCAAAGCUCCCGAAAUAGACAUGGAUAUUAGCAGGCCUACAGGUGAAGUCAUACUUAGUAUGUGUGAAGAAGAUGAUCUAAAAUUGAAAUCAGCUGCUGCUAACGCCAGCCUCUCCACAAGUGAAAUUGCUGUGAGUGAUGUAGAAAUAAAAGCUGAAGGUCCUGAAGGGAAAACAAAAAUGUCUAAAUUCCAAAUGCCGAAGUUAGGAAUUACACUUUCUAAAGGGAAAGGGCCAGAAAAGGAGGUCAGCCAAUCCAAAUCAGAAGUCAAGGUUCCCCAGCUAAAAGCAACAGUAGAAAUAUCUGACAUUGUUGUUGAAGGACCAAACUUGGAGGUGGAAUAUGGCACAGGAACAGAGACUUACAGCCCUCAAGUCAAAAUGACCAAAACUGACAGUAAGGCAUCAGAGGCUGAUGUUCACCUCCCUUCAGCUGACAUUUCUAUUCCAAAACCAGACAGUGAUAUUCAAGAUUCAGAUGCAGCACUAAAAAUCAAAGGGGAAAUAAAGCCAGAUGGAGAUGGAGAAGAGAAAGAAGGACAUUUCAAAAUGCCAAAAUUCAAACUUCCAUCCUUCAGUUGGUCACCAAAGAAGGAAACAAGUGUUAAACCUGAUUCUGGAGCAAAUCUGGAAGACCAAAAGCUUGCUGUAAUGUCAAGCAGAAUAGAUACAGAAGUGAGAGGAACUGGAAUGGAUGAUGAAGGUAGUGGGACAGCCCUUGAUCUGGAAUUAUCUACAGGAAAAGUUGAACAAAAAAGUCCAAUUAAAAAGCCUCAAUUUGUCAUGCCUAAAAUUUCACUGUCCAAGAUCAAGGUUCCAAAAUCUCAGUCAAAAGUUGAAGUUGAUGCUACUCUUCUUAAAACGGAAAGAGAGGGUGAUGAUUCAAUUCAGAUACCUGAUAUAGAAAGAAGUCAUUCUGAAAGGACUGAAGAAGGGGCACAAAUAAGCAUAAAAGUGGCUGAUCUUAAGUUCCACACUUUGGAGUUUUCUAAAAUAGAAACUGAAGCCUCUCAAAAUGAAAUGGGAAUCCGCUCAGCAAAGACUGAUGCUGCUCUGACUCUCUCAGAGGGGAGUUUUCAACAGGUUGACCUAAAGUCAAGUUCUACCGAUGAAUGUAACAUUCAAAACACAGGUAUUAAGUUCCCCAAAGGAGAAGCUUCAGUUGAACUGAAGAGCCCUGAUAUAGUAAUAGAAAGAUCAUCAGUUGUGGAUGGAAGAAAAGUGAAAUUAGAAGGUCCUGAAGGGAAGAUUAAAAUGCCCAAAUUCCAGAAACCAAAGUUUGGAAUCUCCCUAACAAAAGGGAAAUGCCCAGAGGCAGAGAUCAGCUCUCCAAAAAUAGAAGCUGAGCAACCCCAGCUAAAAAUUGCUGACAUUGCUGUGGGAGUUCCAGCAUCAGAACUUAUAUCUGAUAUAUCAGAUCCUGGAGUAGUUGUUUGUAAAAUAAAAACACCCCAAGAUCUGACUGGUGGCAUUGAAGCUCCAAAAGUAGACAUAAGCCUCCAGUCAGUGUCUAAACCAAGGACAGAGGGAGCUAUUGAGAGUCUUGAGGACAAAGAAAUCAAAUUAAAAGAAGAACAUGAAAUAAAAGCUGAAGAAGUUCGGACUGAAGAACAUCAGGGAUGGUUUAAAAUGCCAAAAUUCAGAAUACCUGCAUUUGGCAGGACAUCCUUAAAGGAAAAAAAAUGUGAUGCUGAUAUUGAAAGUAUGGAAAAAGCUCAGGCGAGCAUUCCCUCUGCAAAAGUACAAACUGAAACAAGUAUUCCUGAAAAUACCUUCUCAUUACCACAUGCAGUUGCUGAAAUUACUAUUGGAAAAGAAGGGAUUAAAAAAACUGAAGAUUCUGUGAGGAGUUCUGAUGUUAGCUCAUCAAAGAUGGAAGGAGAUAUUUCGUUGUCCACAGAAAGAACAGAUAGUAGAGUGAAUAUUCCAAAAACUGAAACUUACGCAGACAUAGUUAAGCGUGGUGCUGAAGGACAAAAAGUGCAUACUUCAGAAUUCACAGUGUCUGCAGCAGAAUUGCCUAAAUCAUACCUAAGUGCUUCAGAAACUGACAAAGACAACAGUUUAACAAAUAGGUUUUCUACAGGUACUCUGACUUUUCAGGAGCAUAAAGUCAAACCACAGGAUAUGGAAGUUCCAAAGGUAGAAAGUUCCACUAAGUUAGAGACUUCUGGAGUAGGAUGCAAACCGUCAUCAGCUGAAAUUACUCUGGAUGCAACACAGGAGAAAACAGAUGUUAGACUUCCAAAGGAAGAGCUUGAUAUUCAAAAUAAAGAGGCAGCAAUUAAAAAAGGAAAGAUAAAGGGUGAGGUGAAAAUUAUAGGAAAAGACAGUGAAGAAAGUCAGUUAAAAAGGACUAUGUGUGAAUGGUCUACAACAAAGGGAUCAGAAGAUGGUACUUAUGUUACUGCUAAGCUGGAAGAUCUAAAAGUAGAAGUUCCAGGAGUGAAGACGAAUGUUAAAAUUACUAGAGUAGAUCCUGAAAUGAAAUUUCAAGUGAAAAGUGUUGAAAAGGAUGUGUCUGCAGGAAUGGAAGUGCAAGUAGAAGACAGAGCAGAAAUAAGUAAAACUAAAGCAUACAAGUUUAAGAUUCCAAAGUUUGGAAUGUUUCAUUCGGAAAUCAAGGGGUUUGAAGGUGAUAUCAAUGUUACAAAGUCAGAAGCUGAUUCAAUAUCUAAAAGUGAAAUAGGCACAGCAGAAAUGCAGUUACAGAAACCAGAAGGAUCUGUUGGCCUGAAAAGUCCAGCUCUGGAUUAUAUGGAAGCAUCUGCCAGAAUAACAGGGGAAACAGUGGACCAAUCAGAAAGUGGCCCAGAAGUAAUUGUAAGAAUUCCCAGACUAAAAAUACCAAGAUUCACUUUUAAAACUCUCCCAAUUGAAGCUGAUGUUUUAGUGUCAAAAGUGGCAACAGAUCCAAAGGGAUCUAGUACUGAUAUUGAAAUAGUGCAACUGGAAGCAAGCUCUGCUAUCUCUGAUGAAACACCAGGGGCUUUAGAGGGGAGUAUUCAAAAAGCAAAAAGCAAAAUUCUGAUGCUGAGUGAACCUGACAUUAAAACAGCACAAAUGACAACUACCAUAGAGUCCUCCCUUUCAAAUGCAGGGCAGGACAUUCAUUGGUCUUACAUAGAAGGCCAAGAAGUGAGUGAGAAAGUAGAACCUGAACACGUUGCUAUUGAAAGGUGUGAGAUUUACACUACUGAAAUACUGAAAGAAUCAGAGAUUCUGUCAUCAAAAGUCAAAACUGCUACAUUGGGAUUCUCAUUGCUCAAGGCAAAGUUACCUGAAUCACACAGUGACUUAGAAGUGCUAGUCCAGCAGCCAUCUCCAACGGAAGGUGGAUCAGUGAAAAAAUCUACAUGUGCUGGGGAAAGCUUUGGAGUAGCAGCACAGAGAACUGGCAGUGCUGAGCUUAAACUAUCUGACAAACCACAUCAUGAGUCUGAAAAAUUUAGUGGAGAAAUAAGUUUGCCAAAGUUAAAAACAUAUGCUGCUGAAGCAAAGCCUUCCAGUAAACUUGAAGAGGGUCUUCUUGAUAAAUCACCAGAGCGAAUAACUUCAGGUCCUCUCUCUAAAGAUGAGGAUGUAGCUGAAGCCAUGGAAGGUGAAGAAAAAGACAAAACCAAUGAGAAAGAAAAGACUGAUAGCAAAAGAUCUCCUGGAAGAUUCAAGUUUUGGCUUCCAGGGAUUGGCUUUUCAUCUUCUGGUGAUGAAGCAAGCACAGAUGUAAAAACAGACGUAAAAAAAUCAGAUCCAGAAGAUAUGAAAUCUGCUGACACAUCAGAUGAUUUCUCUAAGCAAACUGAAAAAACUGGAUGGUUUAGAUUUCCCAAGCUUGGUUUCACAUCUCCUUCCAAAAAGGCUAAGUCUGUUGAAAAAGAAGAGAUGGGUCAUAAAGAGGGAAGAAUCUCAGAUGAAGAUAGCCCAUCAGAUAAACCUGAUGUAUUUUUUGAUGCACAAGAAAGCUUAUCACCUAAAGAAACAACAAGGGAUGAAAAAGUUGAAAUUGAUGGAGCCUCAUCUAUUGUGACAUCUUUGGCAAGAACUGAACUAAUCUUGUUGGAGGAAGAAAAAGAUAGUAAAUCUAAUAUUGAUGGAGAUAUAACCAAAUGAAGGUUGUAUUUUCUCAGUACUCAAUGAAAACAAAAUCAUCUACAUGCACAGAAAAAAAUGUGUUUUUUUUUUUAAUUUUCUGGUAACUGAAAAUUAAAACCCAAAGCUGAUGUUAAUAAAAAGAGUUUAACAGAAUUUACCACAUGUAAAUUUUCAAGUACAUGGAUGUACUAUAUUGUGCACUAAUAAAAAUAAUGAUUUCUUCAAAUCUGCCCCAAAGGCAAGAAUUAUGACAAGUACAGAGGAGCCCAUAGUUUGAUCAAAGUCUGAAAAAAUAUACCUGAAUCAUGAAAGUAAACCAUUGAAAGGCUCAGUGAUAGCAAAAGGCUUUUUAAAUAGGCUUCUCAAAACACACAAUGUAAUUAUGUUUGGAUAACAGUUUAUUUCCGGAAUGGGUUAUAAACUAGUACUAUAAGAGCUAUAUUUACCUCUUUAGAUUUUGGACCUUUCUGACCUACUUUUGCUUUCUUAUUAAAAUGUUUUUCUUUAUUUCAGCUAAAGUAGUAUGUAUAUUCCACGAACAUUUUAAAAUAUAAAAUAAAAAUUAAAUACUAGUGUAGAGAGACUAACGCUUUACCUCUUCCUCUCUUCUGAUUUUUUUAUUAUUGUGGUGGGUCAUAUUUAGCCUUAAAAGAUUUUAAAAAUGCCAAAACAAAACCCAACAGAAUAAUUUCAAGACCAAAAACUUGUAACUAAUUCACAUUUUUAAGAUACCAGAAUAAAACAUGCUUACAAAGAAUAAUUAUAUGAAUGUGGAUAAAUAAAUUUUAAUGUAUAUAUUUAUGGGAUAGUUAAAUGCUUAGAAUGAUCUGCCACACUGGUGGAAUUGCUUCAAAGAUUUUCUGGGAAAGGAGGUGUAUAUAAUUAUUUGCUUCUUUGUUUAUAUCAAUGCUUCUCUCGAGGGCACAAUGGAAACCAGAGUGCAUAUGUGACAGCCUUCACAUGUACCAUUAAAACACUGUCUGUAUUAUUAAGUCACAAUAAACUCACC